UUAGGGCAAAAUCUGGCAACGGGGAAAUUCGUCGUCAUCUGGCCGACUGCCUCCCUGCGAGCAAAUCUAUUUUCUUUCAGACCCCAGCAAUUUUGCCUCGCCCUUCCUCUCUCUUUGGUCGGAAGAACUUACAAAUUCUGUCUUGGACGUUGUUGCGGACGAUAGGGUUGUUUUUCGAAGGUGGGCGUCAACGAGGACCAAUAUUCGUUGGUGUCUAGGAGGCUUUGACUUGAGUUGUGGGGAUUUGGGGUGGACAUGGCGACAACGUUGCGAAUCGGGAAUGUAAGGAGCCAUUCCGCGGGGUUUGAAGUAAAUCGUUUGCGUCCUUCGAAGAGAGAGUUGGAGCUUCAAAGCUUUGUUUCGAUUCGUGGCAGUCGUCUGAGGAAUGUGGUGUCUAAUGUGUCGGAGAAGUCGGAUAAGCAGAGGGUCGGUGCCGCCAGGGCAGCAGUGAUGCAGGCACCAGCGAUCCCCAUGCGUAGUCGUAAGAUGAUGAAGCUGAGCACUACGGUGGACGAAUUGAAGAAUUUGAGGUUGAUAACUGCUAUCAAGACUCCUUACUUGCCAGAUGGACGCUUCGAUCUGGAAGCUUUCGAUUCGCUCGUGGAUUUGCAAAUCGCGAACGGCGCGGAGGGACUUAUCGUCGGAGGGACAACCGGAGAAGGCCAGCUCAUGACCUGGGACGAACACAUUAUGCUUAUAGGUCACACAGUCAAGUACUUUGGUAGCGAAAUUAAAGUUAUAGGUAACACCGGCAGCAAUUCUACCAGAGAAGCCGUUCAUGCCACUGAGCAGGGGUUUGCGGUGGGCAUGCAUGGAGCUCUUCACAUCAAUCCGUAUUAUGGGAAGACCUCUAACGAAGGCCUCAUCAGACACUUUAGCAGUGUGCUGGACAUGGGUCCAACCAUCAUUUACAACGUUCCUGGACGUACAGGUCAGGAUAUUUCUCCGUCUGUGAUUAAUGAAAUAUCAGUGAACUCGAACUUUGUUGGAAUCAAAGAGUGUGUUGGUAACGAGCGUGUCGGGGCCUACGUUGAGAAGGGAUUUUCUGUAUGGAGCGGGAACGAUGACCAGUUCCACGAUGCUAGGUGGAAUUAUGGAGCACAAGGGGUUAUCUCGGUAGUGAGCAAUUUGAUACCACGGUUGGCACACAAAUUACUCUUCGACGGCAAGGAUGUAGAUCUCAACAAGAAGCUCCUGCCGCUGAUCGACUGGUUGUUUGUGGAACCCAACCCAAUAGGAUUGAACACGGCUCUAGCUCAGCUGGGCGUAAUCCGUCCCGUGUUUCGUCUUCCUUACGUCCCUUUGAGCAUUGAGAAACGCUGGGAAUUCGUUCAAAUGGUUCAUGACAUUGGCCGGGAGCAUUUCGUAGGCGACAAUGAUGUGCAAGUGAUGGAAGAUAAUGACUUUGCCCUUCUGGCUCGGUUCUGAUGAAGUUAGACUACUGUGAGGUGAGAGUCCACUCAUAUAACCGGUUCGUCUGUGGAGUUCCUUUGUGUGCUCUAACUUCGAAGUCAAAGCGAGAGCUCCUGGAAAUUUUUUGGGUAGUAGUCGGUGUAGAUCAGGAUAUUCGCAGGGCAUUUUUAUGUGCAUGUCUAGGUGUGGAAUAUCUCUUCCCAUUUAUGCUGGUAGUUGACAUUCACAGAUCAGUUCUCCCUGAUCAUGGCAUUCUUUUCAUGAUCAGAGAGGAGUUAGUGUUGUCGGAUCUGAAUGCUACUUUUUACGAUCGUGUAUCACCAUGCUGGUAUGAUGGUUUAGUUUGGAAUUUUACUUUUGGUUUCAUUUAGGCUUGAUCCAAUGUAUGCCUCAAGUUGUUUCAAUUUGGAGGGGUGUUGUGGUGGAGUCUCAUUAUGUAUUCUACUUACUUGGAGACCCAUAUCUCUUUUUUACUA